UCGACCCACCAUCACUCAACAUUUAAUCAGAGUAGCCUCCAGUUGGGUUUUUAUUUUCGAAACUAUAACCGCUUUGUCAAAAUUGUGAAGAGUUUUAAAGCGAGCUUGCAGAAUCGUUGUUAAGAAUCGCAGCCGGAGAUGGAUACGCCAGUGCCGGUGACGAUGGUGCCCGUGCCCAUGCCCAUGCCCACCAGUCUUAACCCGAUCCUCAUUCCACAUCGACCGCCCAUUCCGAGGCCCAUUUCCAGUCCGGCCAGGACCCUGGAUGCCGUUUUGGUCUCCAAGAAGGACAAGGUGCCAUUGCCUCUGCCGCCGGCAUCCUCGUGGAUGCUUCCCCUCCAGCGGGAAAUGUCCGAGAUCCGGGAAUCUCUGAGGGCACAACCCCAAGCCAGUGACAUCCGUCUGCUGAUCUUUGCCUCGGCGGCCAGCAGCCAGGAGCACGAGAAGACCCUGGUGCCAGUGCCACCGCAAUUCCAGGCGAGUCCAGGUGCCGGCUGUCAAGUGGAUCGACUGCGUCACUCAGUGGCCGACAACUGGCCGUCGUGCCGCCUCAUGUUGGACAUCCUGGGCAGAGAUGAGCAGUAUGCCGACUUGACACCGGACGAUAGGGAGGCCAUUCACCUGCUGCACUGGCUCCUGGUGGCCACGCCCUCGUCGCCCACAUUGCGCCGCAUGUCGGGCUUGCAUUUGCGAAGGCUUUGUAAGGUUUUGGGUCUGGCACGACCCACCUUGGAGCCGGGUCAUCUGCUCAGCAUCAGCUAUGAAACGGAUGAGCAGCAAGAGAGCAGGGAACAUGGCAUGAUGAUGGAGCACCGAGCCAGUUAUGCCUUCCUGGGUCUGCCCUUCAACCAUUUAUAUCGCUUCCUGGCCACUGGCAACUUGGAGCAUCCACCCGGUGAACCCAUCCGUUUGUAUGCCCAGCCGGAAGCGGCCUUGGUUCACUGUGAAGAGCUAGCUCCGCAGCAGGAGUCGCAGCAGGAGCAGCAGGAAGCAGUACAGUCGGAGGAGCAGCAGCAACAGCCAGCCCAAUCCUCUCCAGAAAAGGGCCACAAGCUCUGCUGGGGCAACUCCAUACUCAGUAAUCAGCAAAAAGCGCUGGUAAUUUGCCAACUGCCCGCCGAACUGGACGAAUCCAUUGCCCAUUUGCCGGAGAAACACUUCCUGGAGUACUUUGUCCAGGAGUCCGUGGGCCUGAAACCCUGCUACCUGCUGCUCUUCGACGAGCCGGUGGCCGCCAAACUGAUGCUCGCCUGGCCCGGCAGACGCAUCGAGGUGGAGAACAAAGGUCCUUCGCUGGCGCAGAGAUCGCGUGGCAGAAUCCUGGGAUGGACGAGGUAUUUGGGCCACCAAUUGGAAGCCCUCAAGCGGGCUUUAUCCUCUCUAUAGCCCUAUAUCACAUAUGCGAUACAUAUGUUUUUAAAUCCGGGCUAUUGCCUAAUGACCUGGCCAGGAUAAGUCCUUCGUUUGAUGCCCCCGAGCUAAUUAAUGUUUUGAUUUUUAUUAACCAAUUUUAAAUAAACACAUAUUUGGUUGACACUCAGUUUAC